AGGCAAAGUGUGAUCAUAUAGGUAUAAGGAUAGGAAGAAGGAUAAAAAUGCAUCGAUAUGUUGCCAUUUUCUAGAAGAUGACUUCAACUUUUGCUCACUCUACGUCUCCACAACUUCACUAGGUUGAAAUUGCCUCGGUUGCGUAGUUUCUGAAGAUUUAUUUUUGAUGAUUAUUGAUCAACAUAAUGCUGCAUAUCGAGGAAACUCUAGAUUGGAUUCAAAGACUGAUGGACGGGUUCGAGUUGUGCGUAAUAAUUCCGCUAGCAAUGAUUACCACGUUCUUGCUCAUUUUUCUGUGCAUUCGGGUCAUUGUCAUGUUUUGUUGCACGCGAGCACAACGCAAGAAAGCUGCCGAAAAGAUAUCCGGGUCAUUGAGGAAACACGAUUCGGGACCGAUGUUUGCAAGAUUAGAAGAGUUUGAUGUGCUCACUCCACUACAAACUACACCGGCAGUUAGCAUUGCUUCCGGUAAUUAUAAGAACUAUGGAAGUUCAAGUCCCUCCACAUCUUCUGGUUCAGAUUCUAGAAUACAAUUACUACCACCUAUACUAUCAUCAUCUUCAUCUGAUUCUCCACCACCACCAAGAAGGCCGAAUCACGGGAAAACACUUAUAGUCCCAUUGAAUGCGUCGAGAUAUCGAUCCCCAAUGACAAUGAAUCUUGUUGGAACUCCGGAUAGUCGCCUGACAUCUUUCGAAUGUGGGACCACUAAAAGUUGUGCAACAAUUCCAGAAGAUGAUGAGGAUGAAAUGAAUGAGCUUUUGUCGAUUGAUCGAACUUCAUUGUCGGUUUAUGAACAACCAUCUGGAAGAUAUGGAUAUUCUGCUUAUAAUCUGUGUCUUCCACAGCCGACACCUGAGUUCCAACUUCCUGCACCAACAUAUUCUCCACCAUCUCUACCAUCUGAAUCCCCGGCUUCGAAACCUACGAAGAUAGAUAUUCCCGAAGCCAUUUUGAAUGAUAGAGAUGAUAUAUUGGACCGAGAAGAUGAUCACAAUGAAGAUCAAGUUUCUAUUUAUGAAUUCUCCCGAGUCUCUGAUCCAAAUUCUGAGCAUUCUUCAUCAAACUCCAUCAGUGAUAGCUUCUAUUUGAACAAUUUUGAUGUGAUAUCUUCAGCAGCUAAUUCUCAAAUCUUCGAAGCGAGUAUAUGCGGGGAAUCUGAUGUGGCAUCGAAAUUUCAGCUUCACAGAAUCGAAGAAGAGUCCGAAAACGGCGAUGAGCAAAGUUGUGCGGGAGCCCAUGAUCCACUGAUCAACAGUAUGACCCAUAGUCCUUCUCAAUUUUUUCCACGGAGUAUCUCACAACAAUUUGAUAUGAUGAGACUACAAUAAAUGUGUUUUGUAUUAUUAUAAUUCUGCUUUGAAACGGGAACUAAUAAUAU